AUGGAUCUGGAAGAUGACUUACAACUUGGGUCUUUUUCAAGAAUUAUUGGAGGACGAAUGUCUAUGCCAGGAGGGCAACCAUGGCAGGUCUCCGUCAAGCGAGGCCGUUCUCAUUUCUGUGGUGGCAGUUUGAUUGGUGAUGAUGUGGUGGCCACUGCAGCUCACUGCGUCGUUGAUUUAGAUCUAAAAGUUGUGAAGAAUCUGAUUGUGACUGUUGGUGAGUUUGAUCUCGGCAGUGGGGAUGAAGAAGAACAGAGCGUCUCAGUCUCUGAAAUUGUUGUCCAUCCUGACUUCAACAGAUUUGGGCAUAUGGAUUCAGAUAUAGCAUUGCUGUUUUUGAAACACCAGGUACAAUAUGGCUAUGAAGUACAGCCUAUCUGUCUUCCCCACAAGGAUGAUGUAUUUGAAGCCGGAACGCUCUGCGUUGUGAGUGGAUGGGGCAAAACCUCUGAGGAUGGGCCCCUGUCAAACGUCCUACAGGAAGUGGAGCUUCCCAUCAUUGACAGCAUAACCUGCAGUGAAGUGCUGAAAACUUUAAAUUUGCCCCCAGGACAGAGUUCCAUGCUGUGUGCUGGUUUUCCAGAUGGUGGAAGAGAUGCGUGCAAGGGUGAUUCUGGAGGGCCCCUGGCAUGUAGGAAAGCCAGCGGCAUCUGGACAUUGGUAGGCAUCACCUCGUGGGGAAUUGGUUGUGGAAAAGGCUGGGUAACUGACAAGAGGAUCAACGGCAGUAGAGGUUCUCCAGGCAUUUUCUCUAAAGUGAAUGAGCUCCUGGAUUUCAUUACUCAACACAUGACCUCUGAAUCUGGCCCAAGCUUUCUGUUUGCAUCCAGCCGAGAAGAGUGUAAUCCCCAUGGAACGCUGGUGUUUGGUGAAAGUGGCCUUGUUCGGUAUCCCCGCUUGGCUGAAGACAACUACCUUGAUAAUAGCUGGUGUGUUUGGAACCUAACUGUAUCUGAAGAUAAAAUCAUUCUGGUGGAAUUUAUCAAACUAGACGUAGAAGAUCAGAUUGAAUGUGACCAUGACUACGUUGCUUUCUAUUCAAGUGAGAAGGAAUUAAUUGGCAAAAUCUGUGGUGAUGUCCUGCCUUCCCCCUUGCUGAUAGAGUCGGACCAAGCCAUUGUUAUAUUUGUGUCGGAUGGCAGCAUUGGUGGCAGAGGCUUUGAAUUCACCUUCAGUGCUGUGCAUCCAGCAUCUGAAGCAGGCUCUGGCUGUGGCAGUGUUGCAAUGCUGGUGGAAGAAGGAAAGAUUGACACGGCUAAUUACCCUGAUCUAUAUCCCAGCGGCACAAAAUGCCACUGGCUCAUUGAAGCCCCAGUGGACCAUGUCAUCAAGUUGGAGUUUGAAGACUUUGCUGUUGAAAUCAGCCAGGAUUGUAUUUAUGAUGCUGUUGUUGUUUAUGGAGACACCGAAGAAGACCACCAGCUAGCUCUCCUGUGUGGUUUCUCAAUUCCUUCACCUGUGUGGAGCUCAGGGAACAUCAUGCUGAUCCAGUUUGAGAGCGAUGAAGAAAAUAACUUCCGGGGAUUCAAGGCCAAGUUCACUUUUUUCUCUUCAGAGUUUGCAGUGAUUCAACCAGCACACAAAACAAAUAAUCCAGCAUAUUGGACUGUUGUUGCUGGAAGCCAUGACAGGCUACUGAAAGAAUCUGCUGAGCAGGUGAGAAGAGUCGAGAGCAUUACGGUGCACCCGGCCUUUGAGGUUGCAAGUUACGAUUCUGAUAUUGCUCUCGUCCAGCUGCAAACGCCUCUGAUCUAUAGUGCAGCGGUGAGGCCUGUAUGUUUGCCAAGUUCCAUGGAGCCGUUGCUGUCCUUGGAGCUUUGUACCGUGACUGGCUGGGCAAGUUUCCAAGAAGCUGGAGGCCUCGCUACCCGUCUACAGCAAAUGCAUGUCCCACUGGUGGCCAAUGACCUCUGUGAGCAAAACUACUACUUUAAUCACCCUGGAGGCAUCACACUUCAGAUGCUCUGUGCUGGUUUUGCAUCUUUGGAAGGCCGCGAUUCCUGCCAGUAUAACAAGCAUGACUUUUCAGCAUUUUGCAAGUGA